GUCCGAGCCCGACCACCGUCUUGCAUUUCCACGAAACGGUAUCGAAACCCCCUCCAUUCUGUAACGCCAGACACGCAGCAAGCGUUGCAAGGGGUUAUCGCUCAGAUCACAUCUAUGUGACAUAAUCAGAUGUUACAAUGAGGAUCCCACUCUUCAAGCGGCUGGUCAUCACGGCCUUGAACAUUCUGUUCCCGCCGCUGGCGGUCAUGCUGAUCACGGGGCCGAACGAAGACUUCGUCUUCAACUGCGUCAUGUUCAUCCUAGCCAUCAUCCCCUCGCACAUCCACGGCUUCUACGUCUCUCUCACCUACUUUAACCGCAAGAGGAAAGUACGCAAGGGCGUAUACCCGGGGAAACCCAAGCACUUGAUCUGGAGCGACCGAGUCAACAACGGGGGUGCGACGAGAAGGGAAAUGGAGAGACUGAGGUGCGAAAAGGAACAGGGAAAGCCUGGCCGACGAAUCGGCCGGAGAGUGACAGGCUCCUCGGGCCGUUCUGGCUCCCGCAGACGAGUCGAGGACUGGGACGACGGGUACAAGGAAUAUGCACUGAGUCCGCAAAAUAGCCGGGCUGGGAGACACAGAAGCUGCAGAAACUACCACCACGACUCGGACUAAUGAGCGCAGAUGGAACCCCUGUGGCAGCGGUUGCUAUAGGUGUGAGAAAUGGUCGCUGACGACUCCUUUUCCAUGCCAAUGACGGACCGCGGUCCCAGGGAGGGGGGAUCUGAGCAACGGUUCGCUUGAACGGCCGACGAUUGGCAUGGGUGUGCAUUCACAUGGAGAGGCGAGUCAAUGGGGGGUAUGGAAGCAGUCAAUUGUCUCAUGGCUUUAGCGGAAACCAAAGGGAUCCUUUCUUUUGAGAUGGACUGCUGAGAGACCAUCAACAAACGGCCUUUGGACCGUGCCGACGGACGUGUGUUCGUUACCUAGACUAUACAGGGUGAAAAACAGGGCACAUCAAGACUCAUUCGGAUUCAUUGCUCAAUCCCACUGGCU